AUGGCUUCAAAGACAUUCAACGUUGGCGUCAUCGGAUAUGGCAUGUCUGCCAAAGUCUUCCACAUCCCCUUCAUCGCCACUACCCCUCAGUUCAAGCUCCACGCCAUUGUCCAGCGCAGCCCCAAGGACGGCAACUCUGCGCCCGCCGACCACCCCAAUGUCAAGCACUACACCGAUGUGAAGGACCUCUUCGCUGACGCUGCCGUCGAUGUCGUCGUCGUCACCACCCCGCCCGACAACCACUUUGCGCUGACAAAAGCCGCCCUCGAGGCCGGCAAGCACGUCCUGACCGAGAAGCCCUUUGUGCCCACCUCGGCCGAGGCCGACACGCUCAUUGCGCUCGCGCGCGCCAAAAAUCGCCUCAUCUGCGUCUACCAGAACCGUCGCUGGGAUUCCGACUUUCUCACAGUCAAGCACCUCAUCGCGCAGGGCACCCUCGGCCGCGUCCUCGAGUACAACACGCACUUUGACCGCUACAAGGCCGCCGCCGCCACCAACUGGAAGGGCGCGCUUGGCAUCCCUCAGGGCGGCAGCGCCCUCUUCGACCUCGGCACGCACCUCAUCGACCAGGCCUACACGCUCUUUGGUCUUCCACAGUCGGUCCACGGCCGCUUGCUGUCCCAACGCGCCGGCAAGCCCGACUUUUUCAACCCCGAUGCCGUCGCCGCCGAGCUCACGUACCCGGACGGCAAGCUCGUCCACGUCCGCAUCAGCGCCCUCAGCGUCGAGGUCGACCAGCCGCGCUUCUGGGUCCGCGGCGACAAGGGCAGCUUCCGCAAGGUCGGCCUCGACCCCCAGGAAGACCAGCUCAAGGCCGGCGCCAAGCCCACGGUCGAGGGCUUUGGCAAGGACAAGCCCGAGAGCAUGCGCCUGACGGUGGUUGACGCGGACGGAAAGUCGUCAGUGGCUCCUGUCCCGGAUCUGAAGCCGGAGACGUACACUGCCUUUUACAAUGCUUUUGGCAAGGCUGUCGAGACUGGCAAGGAGGAGGAUGUGCCUGUCAAGGCCACCGAGGCUCGUGACGUUCUUCGAAUCAUCGAGGCCGUUUUGGAGAGUGCCAAGUCAGGCAAAGACGUGACAUUUUGA